AGGUAUGCCUUGCACUCGACCCUUCACAGUUUCUGGCAUACCCUAUUGCGAUAAUUGCGCAGUUGCACAAUGGCAGACAGCGAAGGGAAGCAGCAAGCUCCCAUCGCAGCAGAAGUUCUUCCAGGGCCCGCUAUCCAGCAAAUACCUGCAAGCGCACCUCUUCUUCAGCAGACCGCACACGUCCCCAAAGGCUGGCCAACUUCACCGAAGACCAUCAAGUCCUCUAUCGGCUCUGUCCUAACAGAUCUUGUUGUAGAUAGUCUAUUACUCGCAUUUUCAGUUGCCUUCUUGGCUUUUGGUCUGGUAGUAAAGCUUUACGACCAAGCUCCAACUGCACUCCACAAACACACAGCCAACACACUGCUGAGCGCCACCAAAUAUGGUCCGAGUGUUUUCCCUAUCCUUUUUGCAUGUAUCCUAGGCCGAGCAGCGCACGCCAUCCUUGUCUGGCGCCUGGAAAAGGGAGAGCGUGUUGGUAUUUUAGAUUUGCUAGCUGGGAGCACGUCUCUGACAAGCACGGUAACUUCGCAACUCAAAUUACGCAUCGCCAGCUUCCUAGGCGUGGCUCUGAUCGCCAUUUGGUCGCUGUCACCGGUCGGUGGUCAGGCCUCGUUCAGACAAAUGACCAUUGGUAGCAACAUCUCUAGUCAGCCAUCCGAGUUCACAUAUAUGGUCUAUGGUGGCACUUUCGACCAGUUCGAUGAUUCGGAUCGAGUUUCAUAUUAUGCGAUCGUCAAUACUCUCUUCGUGGCCUCCAUCAUCUCGCCGGAGUCAACAAAGUCGUCUCCACGCGAUACUUGGGGCAAUGUCAAAAUACCUAUGAUCGAACACUACGAAAAUUCUUCGACUAUAGAUGACGAUGGAUGGUUCAUAACUCUUGAUGGAGAGCAGAGCACUUACUCUUCCAUUGUUGGAAUUCCAAUUGCUGGCGUGGACUCGACUGACUUUAUCAACUACGCCACAAACAUCGAAACGGCAUACUUUCGCCUGGACUGCCCCGUCGUUAAUGGCACGUGGAAAACCAAUCUCCCUGUCAAUAACUCUGUGACUGGUGACGGGGCAUAUAUGUGGUGGUACGACAAUUCCACUCAACGCAUCCAACAAGCACAAACAGAUGUGGAAAGCCUUAAGCCGCUCAACUUCACCUAUGUGGUAUUUUGGCCUGGGGGAGGGGGUGGCGAAUUUGAUUGCACUAUCACAACGACAUAUGUUGAGGUAGAGAUAUUGUGUCCUACAAUGUCUACUUGUGCUGCCUCUAAGGCACGCCGGUCUCGCCUGCAGCAUCCGCCAGCUGCCUUUACCCAAUUGGAUCUGAACUCUUAUGCCAACUACGGGAACUUAUACCUCUUCGCCUCCGCAUUUGUUACAUCCAUCACAGCGCAUCCGUCGACAUCGACGCUGGUGCAGACAUAUCUUAUUGAUUCGAGUAAUCCUGCCGGGAUAUCACUGUUUAACAGCGACUAUGUCCAGCCUUCCCCCAAAGAACUCCUCGCGGUGCGGCUGAACCAGCUGAUGAACGCUUACUGGACGUGCAUAAAUGGUAUAUACGCAGUCUCAGGAGGCAUAAAUCCGCAAACGACCUACUUGGGAAACAACAAUGCUUCCACAGACACAGUUUUGGCAAACUCUACUACCGUCAAGGGUACGAAAAGCACAAAAACAGAAGUCAUCCAAUGUCACGACGGCUGGGUUGUUGCAUUAGCCCUUGCUUCUAUUGUUAUGAUUGUCGCGAGCUUGGUUCGCCCUAUUGUUCGCUGUUUCCUUACACAAGCUCCGGAUGUGAUGCUGAAUAUCUCGAGUUUGGCGACAAGAAACAAUCCAUAUAUGGCAUUACCCACCAAUGGAACUUUCAUGGCUGCAUCCGAUCGGGCGAAGCUGCUCAAGAAUCUGAAGGUGCGGCUUGGGGAUGUUGAGGGCGCCGCUGAUAUUGGUAGUCUCGCUAUCGGAUCCCUUGGCGUGGCUGGAGUUUCAAAGGUUGCGAACGUUCGAAAAGACCGCCUGUACGAAUGA